CUUCCGGGACGCUGCGCGUCACUAAGCAGCCAAUCCCCACUUCCGGAUGCGCUCCUCCCUGUCUCUACCCCUUUCGGGGCCGCAGGGAGAACCUGUAGGUUCCCGCGCACUGGAUUGGCGAGGCUGGAAGCGCUAGUCUUCGCUGAUUGGUGCCGGGGAAAUCUGCCCCAUGGACGCCCGCGGGGCGCACACUUUCAGUCCUCCGUCUGUUUCCCGCCUGCCGGGGUUUGGGUGCCGCAGUCAUGGUGGACAUAAUGGAGUUGCCCAAGUCGCGCAUCAACGCCAGCAUGCUAACUCAGUUCAUCGACCAGCCCGUCUGCUUCGUAGGGAAGCUGGAAAAGAUUCAUCCCACUGGAAAAAUGUUUAUUCUUUCAGAUGGAGAAGGGAAAAAUGGAACCAUUGAAUUGAUGGAGCCCCUUGAUGAAGAAAUCUCUGGGAUUGUGGAAGUAAUUGGAAGAGUAACAGCCAAGGCAACAAUCAUGUGUGCAUCUUAUGUCCAGUUUAGAGAAGAUAACCAGCCUUUUGAUCUUGGACUUUACAAUGAAGCUGUGAAAAUUAUCCAUGAGUUCCCUCAGUUUUUUCCUUUAGGGGUUGUGCAAUAUGAUUGAUCUUGGUGAAUUUUCUUAUGAUUGCAAAUGAGCUACAUUGAAGACUAAAGGGAGGCCCCUCUUAUUUGAAGGAGAGAUUUCUGUGAUUCCUAGUAUUUAAUUUGCUCUUUUUAAAAUUUUAUUUACCUAAUUUAGAUAUUACAAUCCACAGUUUUUGAUAGAACACCUAAAUCCUCUUAUAAAGAAUUGCUUCUCCAAAAUAUGGUUGGAUUAAAUGCAACAACAAAGCAGUUCUCUGAAUUUAGGUUUCUAUCUUAUUAAUAAAAAUUAAACUGGUACAUGGUACGUACUGUUGGUCAUUUCAUUUUUAUUCUUUUAGUCAUGUAUUCAAGCACAAACUUGGAAUUUCAUAGCAUAGGCAAGACUUAGACCUACCAAAUGAAACCAUGAGCCAGCUCUGUUAAGGAUUUAUUCUCCGUCUCCCAAACUAUAUACCAUUUAAUUACUUCAUUGAUACUCUACUUAAAAAGUGAAUUUGAUGAAUUAAAAGGACAAACAGAACCCUAUGUCUUCUGUAAUUUGUGAAGUAUCUCUUUUUCUGGAUUAUAAAACUGAGCAUUUGUUAAUACUGUUGCCAAAUAAGGAAUACACGAUCAUUGAAAGAG